AUGGCUCAGGCUCUGCGCGCAUCUCGUCAGAGCGCCGACGACGUGGCGGCUGGCUUUUAUGCAUUCCGAGAUCCCCUUCCAGAACAUGUGGGCGAGAUCACAUCGCUCAUGUCCGAGUUAUACGCAAUCAGCUCAUCCUUGACCACCUUGGAGCGUCUAGCUGAUGAUCCCCGAAAUCGCCGCUAUUUCGAUAUGAUCAAACCCGAUUUAAAUGUGGUGCAAGCCAGUUUCACAUAUACAAUCGAGGACAUCGGCGAUAUUUUGAGAGGUCUCGAUGGCGCAGAUGGUAGUCCAGCGAGAUACAAGCGCACAUGGGUAAUUAUGAGCCGCUUCUUUUGGGAUCAAUCAAACUACACCCUGGCGACCCGUCUAGCCAAGUAUAAGACGGUCUUUAAAGAGUUCAAUGACUUGGUAAGAGAUGGUCACUACACCUCCUCGCUCCUUGUGGGUCUCGUCAAUGGCUUCAAGUCUCUACUCUCCAUACAAGAUGGCCGGUUUGCUGCUCGCUUUGAAGGCAUGACGCUCCGUCCGAAUGACUCGCCUACCGGUCACCGCGCGAGUCCCCCGAGCCCGGUGAGGGAGCGUCCGCCGAGGGAGCGUCCACUGAGGGACCGACCGGUUAGUGACCGGAACGCACGGCGGCGGAGGUCAUACGAGCGCACUCGACCGCCGCAUAUGUCUCCUCCGCCGAUGUCGCCUUCCUCAGCCACUUCUUCGGACUUCCCGCCGUCUGUACCGGAUAUCCCGCUCUCGCCGCUUACUUCUACAUCUGCGACGACGGCUACUAGCAACUCGAGUAGCCCUGAUGUUAUCAAAGAACACUGGGCCAAGGAUACAUUUGGGUCUAGUGGCACCAGCACUCCUCUACCGUCUGUGAGGGAAAGGUCACACUGCCGCGGAGAACCUCAGCAGGGUAUUAAGCAAUCAAUUAAAGACAAGGGCUUCGAGGAGCUCCUCCAAUUAUCCCUGAACGACGAGUCCGAUAUGCGCGUGUCCUUCUACCUAAGGAGAACAGACCACCGCGUUCGCAUCCUUUGCAGGGAACCCCACCGGAGUGGGCCUAGUGACUACUACUGCUUGCCGCUUAAUUUACUUGAGAUCCUGCGAGAUGGAUCUUGUCUCCGACUGUGUAGGCGGCGGAAUCGCGGGACAGAGCUUGUUUUAUGGACGCAAUUGAAGUUCACGACAUUGGAAGAUCUGGUGCUAUUCCAUAACACAUUCCUUGCCUUGCGCUCCCAGGAUGCAGGCCACCCUAUUGGAGAAAUUUUAGACCACGAGCUUGCACACGAACAGCAACACUUUGGAGGCACAAUCACCGACGAUGACUACAUGCACGCGCUGCGCGUAUACAAAGACAGGGUGACUGGAGCCGUAAGACUCCAGGCAUCUGUCCACCUAGGCGACAUGAACCACACACCCGUCUGGACAGCAUUCGUCACCCACAACCUCGGGAAACGCAGUUGGCUUAAGUCAUACGAUUCCAAAACGGUGAUUCUGCGGGAUAUCAAGCCCGUGGUAUUUAUGUCGAUGGAUGAUUAUAACCCCCCGCAGACGUCACAGGGACAUCAUGUCCUGGAGUUCACAAGCUCUUCUGAUGCCAGGGAGUUCCUGGAUGUCAUGGAUGAACUGGGCGGUUGA